CUAUGUUGACAACAAUAAAAUUUAAACAAGUUGAAGGAAAUAUUUCAAUGUUUUUUAUCCAAUUUUAUUAAAUCUUAAUAGGUCUUUGUUCUAGAAUGUAUUAUAAUUUUAUAUAAAGUAAAUACGUUAAUAUACUAAAGUAGGAAAAUAAGUAGCAUUUUGUGUAUGUUACAUGAACAAUAUUAUAAUCUGUUCAUAGUUUUAAUAUUUUAUCUUAUAUAUUUAAAUAUUUAUCCAUUAUCUAUGAUUAAAUUGGUUUCGAAACGGUGGUAGAUCCAUUAUUCUAGCAGUCCCCAAUAAAACCAGUGCUGAAAAUAAAACAAAUAAGUUAGUAAUAAGAUAACCUCAAAUUUUCGAUAAUUAAAAUAUGCGCAAAAAUUGAUUGAUAAUAUAAAACUUCCGAAAAAGAAAAUAUUAAUGUGAUAAUUAAUAAAAUACACAUACCACUUGCGAUAGUAUACAUUACUGUUUUUCCUUUAGGUUUUUGUAAUUUCUUUGAAUGAUAAUAAACGUAAAUGCCUGAUCCAAUCAGACCACCACCACUAAUAAUUCUGCAAGCCAAACAAUCUCGAUCUCUAUUAGUUAUUACACUGUUAAUUGUGCUUGACAUUUUUUAUAAAACAUUAGUUUAAAAUAAAUAUUACUUUUUUACCAAAUGCUUAUGAUUUUAAUACUUUAAAUAAAUCUAAAUUGUUAUAAAUGAGUAAUGUUAGAAGUGUGUUACAAUAGGUUAUGUUAUGUUUGACAACUUUCGAUAUAUCGAAAAUAUCGUUUUCAUGAAUCUGAUUUGCACGAUGUAAGUGUGCAUCAUAUCUGUGAUUGGUCAUAUUCUAUCAAAUUGACUUCACAAUAUAUUAAUUAUAAACUAUCGAUACAAUAAAUAUUAAAUGAUAUUAAAUUAAUUCUAAUUAAUAUAUAAGAUUUAUAUUGUUUUAAUUUAUAACAAUGCUAGUAAGAAAAUAUUGAGAAUCAUCUGUUAUCAUUUAACUUUGUAGUAUGUAUAAGAAAACUUUUUCAUAAAGAUUUAUGAGUAAAUAAUAAUAAAAAAGAUAAGAUGUUCAAAUUUGGAUUCUCUGAGAAAAAUGAUGCUAAAGAAAAUAAUACUAAUAAAGAAAAAUCUGUUCUUAAUUGGAUAAAUGCAUCUAGAAUAGAAGUAGCACCAUUUGAUUAUAAUCGAAAUUAUGAACCCGAUGAAUAUGUAGAAACUAAAAUCUUUGAUGAAAUUAAAUUCAAAUUAAUCCGUUCUGACAAAGUACUAUGCAACUUAAUAGGAAAUAAUUCUAUCAAUAUAAUCGAAGCAGAAUCACAGCAUUCCGAUCUUAUACCUGCAAAAUAUGAAGGUGGUUUGAAGAUAUGGGAAUGUACUUACGAUUUAGUUGAAUAUAUAAUUCAAGAAAAUAUAAAAUUCGAAACUAAAUUGGUGCUAGAUUUAGGUUGCGGUGUUGGAAUUAUUGGAUUGAUAGCACUUUUGAAAGAUGCCCUCGUCCAUUUUCAAGAUUAUAAUGCAGAAGUAAUUACAUCGGUUACUAUACCAAAUGUUUUUUUAAAUUUCAAAGACAAGCAAAAAACAUUGGAGAAGUGUGAAUUUUAUUGUGGAGAUUGGGCAUCAUUUACGAUGCUUUUUGAAAAAGAUAUUAAAAAUGGGGAUCAAAAAUAUGACUUCAUUUUUACCAGUGAAACCAUAUAUAAUCCUGAAAAUCAUAAAAAAUUAUAUGAAGUGUUUAAGAAGAAAUUGAAACCAAAUGGCAUUGGACUCAUAGCUGCAAAGACAUAUUACUUUGGUGUAGGAGGAGGAAUGCGCCAAUUUGAAACUAUUGUAAAGGAGGAUGAACUGUUCAACACUGAGGUGGUUUGGAGAAAUUCAAAAGGUCUACAAAGGGAAAUAUUACAGCUAUCUUGGAAAUGAAAGGAAUGUAAAUUCAAUCUAAUAAAAUUAAUCACAUUGGAAGAAAAAUUGCAAUGCCAUGUUAUAAUUAUUAAGGUGAUAAUCUUUCAUAAACCCAUCCAUUCUCACCUGUAUGAACAAAAAUAUUAUCAAUCUUUUCUCCGGAAAUUGGUCGUCUGAAACGAAUUCUAUCGUGCAAACGAUCGCUUUGCCCUUGCCAAAACUCAACUGAUUUUGGUUUAACUAUGUAACCACCCCUAGAAAAAAUCGAUUAAUUGAUUGUAUAUAACUAUACAGGAAGAUUAAUAGAGAAAAUUUGUAAAUGCCAUUACCACCAAUUUGGUCUUUUAAUAUCAUCUUCCGUAUAUCGAGCAAGUAAUUCCCUUUCUUUCACAAUAAGAGUAUGCCUGCUAGCAAUGACAGUACUUUGUUUACUGGACAUAGAUCCUAUCUUACUUGGAAAUGGUCGGCUAUUAAAAUAUUCAUCGGAAUCAUUAGCUGAAGUUUUUUCAAUAGUUCCCUCUAUACGUACCUACAAUAUUAUUCUAUGUAUAAAUCAAUAAUGUUAAAUUAAUAUUUUUAUUUAGAAAUGUAUAAAUUGUAUAUCAUACAGCUCGGUGUAAUGGUUCCCAAUAGAAGGUCAUUGCAACAUUGGGAUUUUGUUCCUAAGAAUCAAGUAAACACGAUUUUAUUAUACGAUCUAUACUAUAAUAAUAGAAAAUAAUAGAAGGA